AUGCAUCAUAAAUCGUCUUCCUCUGUACAGCAGAAAGAUGAUUUUCUAUCUGUCAACGUCGGUAAAAAUGUAACUUUAGAAUGUCCUCAUAAAGGUCAGACGUUAAAACGAAUCUUCUGGUCCAAGAAAAGUUUUGGACGAAAACCAGAACUUAUAUGCAGUUUCUAUGUGCACAGCACAGAAGUGGAAUUUUUUGGUGAAUUCAAGAACAAUCGACGCUUCAGACUGGACACAGAAAACAAAAAUAAUCAUUUGAAGAUUUUUGAUUUUCAAUUUUCAGAUUCGGCUACUUAUAACUGCAUCCAUUCGGAUAGUUACAUACUUACAUUUUUGGAGAGCUAUAGUGUCCUUGUAAAGAACUCUUCUUCUUACAUCCAGACUUCAGUGGAUCAGUCGUCCUCUGAGAACAUCCAUGCAGGAGACUCUGUGACUCUGAACUGUACAGUACACACUGGGAGCUGUGAUGGAGAACACAGAGUUUACUGGUUCAAAGACUCUGAAGACUCUCAUCCAGGACUCAUUUACACUCAUGGAGGCAGGAAUGAUCAGUGUGAGCAUAAGAAAACACAGCCUCACAGUUGUGUCUAUGAGCUGCUCCUGAAGAACCUGACUCGGUCUCAUGCUGGGAUCUACUACUGUGCUGUUGCCUCAUGUGGACACAUUCUGUUUGGAAAAGGGACUAAACUGGACCUCAGAGGUGAGUUUAACCUUGAAGACUCAAGUAACUGGAUGAAGCAAUUUUCGGAUUAAUUUAAAAACAUAUAA